AUUACGCGCACAACCUCCCUCCCCUCUCUCACCCGCCACUCGAGCCUUGUUUCCGCUCCAAGAAUUUAGAAGAGUAGCACCUUUCGGCAUUGGAUGGGUUCCUCAGUUUCCUGCGAAAUUUGAUAUAUAUUGGAUCCCGGGGUCCCAAGACCCAAUGACAGCGUCCGAUUCGCGAUCCCACUCGUUCGGCCAGACUGAGAUUAACUGGGACAAGCUAGAUAAAACGAAGUUCUAUGUUGUGGGAGCUGGACUCUUUACAGGUGUCACAUUGGCACUCUACCCAGUUUCUGUAGUGAAGACUAGACUGCAGGUUGCCUCGAAGGAUACUGGAGAAAGAAAUGCAUUUUCUGUUAUAAAGGGAUUACUUAGAACAGAUGGGAUUCCGGGUCUGUAUAGAGGAUUUGGCACAGUCAUCACUGGUGCAAUUCCUGCCAGAAUCAUAUUUCUUACGACCCUAGAGACCACUAAGGUGGCCGCCUUCAGGAUGCUUGAACCAUUUAGACUCUCCGAAACCGGCCAGGCAGCCAUAGCAAAUGGAGCUGCUGGCUUGACAUCAUCACUUUUAGCUCAAGCUGUGUUUGUUCCCAUUGAUGUGGUGAGCCAAAAGUUGAUGGUGCAAGGAUACUCAGGUCAUGCUCAAUAUAAUGGUGGUCUGGAUGUUGCUCGUAAAGUGUUAAGAUCAGAUGGCAUCCGGGGAUUAUAUAAAGGAUUCGGUCUUUCUGUUAUGACAUAUGCUCCUUCUAGUGCUGUAUGGUGGGCAAGCUAUGGUUCAAGCCAACGCUUAAUUUGGAGAUUCUUGGGCUAUGCAGAAAAUAAGGAAGGCAAACCUGGAGUGCAGAAGAUCGUUUUAGUUCAGGCUACCGGGGGAAUUAUUGCUGGCGCAACUGCAUCCUGCAUUACGACACCAUUGGAUACUAUUAAGACACGAUUACAGGUGAUGGGACAUGAAAAUAAAAGCUCUGUGAAACAAGUUGUCAAAGACUUGAUAAACGAGGACGGUUGGAAAGGUUUAUACAGAGGGUUAGGUCCAAGAUUUUUCAGCAUGUCGGCGUGGGGUACUUCUAUGAUAUUAGCUUAUGAAUAUCUGAAGCGCUUGUGUGCAAAAGAUGAAUAGACAGACGCAAACGGUUCACCUCAUCUUCGCCCAAGAUUAGUUCAUGUGGUUAGAAAUCUUCUUCUUGGGCAAUGAUGUUGAAUAAGCAAUAAUGGACUACGAGCCUGCCACCUUAAGCACGGGGUCGGUUCUGGACAUUUAUUAGUCUUAUGAUUGAAGGGUUAAACUACAGGCAUUGAAGUUAUUGCUUCUGAUUAUAAUUGAAACAGCUAUUGGAUGCACUAGCAUAGAUAAGGAAUUUUUCCAACUAGGAACUUUUAUUAGUACCAUUCAUUUUUAAUGACUAGUACGGAUUAGGGAUCUAUUUUAUCAGCAUUGGAUAAUGCUUCAAACUGAGAUGGAGCUCUUUUUAAAUGUAUGAUGCUCGGAUUUGGCUCCAUUUUCGCCAUUUAUUCUUUAGGGUUAUCUAA